AACUGCUAAACCUUUCUCGUCCUCCUUGCUUUCUUUCACGGCACCGCAUUUUGUUUCUACACUACAGAAAAGAUUGCAAUGGCUUUAAAGCUUCUGCGCCGGUCACCGUUCCGAUUCGGUUCGAGAAGCCUCUUCAAUGUCAGGCUCUUCUCCGAUUCACCUACGCAGCAACACACUUCUCCAAUUCAAAAUAUCCAAUCUCAUCAACACACCAAUAGCUCCAAAUCUCAGAACAAGGCUUCCUCUCCGUCUUCUCUUAAGGAUUCUGAACUUUCCAAGUUCGCCGCUAUUGCCGAUACUUGGUGGGAUUCUGAAGGUCCAUUUAAGCCAUUGCAUAACAUGAAUCCUACCAGACUAGCUUUCAUCCGCUCCGCUCUUUGUCGACACUUCAGGAAGGAUCCUCUUUCUGCCAGGCCUUUUGAAGGACUAAAAUUGAUUGAUGUCGGUUGUGGUGGAGGAAUCCUUUCAGAGCCUUUGGCUCGAAUGGGAGCUACGGUCACUGGAAUUGAUGCAGUGGAGAAAAAUAUCAAGAUUGCCCGCCUUCAUGCUGAUUUGGAUCAAGCAACUUCAACUAUCGAAUACUGUUGUACAACAGCUGAAAAGCUGGUUGAGGAGCAAAGAAAGUUUGAUGCUGUUAUUUCUUUAGAGGUGAUUGAGCACGUAGCAGAUCCCACUGGAUUCUGCAAGUCACUGGCAGCAUUAACUGUUCCUGGGGGGGCUACUGUCAUUUCAACAGUUAACCGUUCUAUGAGAUCUUAUGCAACUACCAUUGUUGCAGCAGAAUACAUCCUCCAUUGGGUAUGAUUCUAUCAUUAUAUUCGCAUCUUAUCUGCUAUUUUAGGCAUCCACUGCAUUGCUGUAAACUCUUUCCUACCCAAUGGAAUUGCAAUUGGAUUGACUUUUCAAAUGAUAUGUUUUCAUGCUUCAAUCUGGUUCUCUGAGAAUGAAGCUACCAAGAUUUAUUUUGAAAUUUGGUUGUCUAUGACAUAUUUAGCAUAUAUCAUGUGGUUAAAGUCGAUCGGUUCGGUGCCGAGUAGAUACUUGGGGAAGAAAAAAUGUUUGAGAUCUAUUUUCAUUCCUUGUUUUACAACAUUGUUUUUCUCUUUCUAGAUAUGGUGGAUAUAGAUCUAAAUGCACUCCCUGUGAAGAUUUUGUAAAACAAUUCUUUUUGGAGAAAUAUAUUUACUGGCGUCCAACAUUCCUCUCCUUAAAUGGAAUCUCAGACCAUGUUACUGAGUUGGUUGGAAAUGUUCUUAGCUAUUAAAAGCACAAUUUGUACAAUUUUUUCAAACAUUGACUGCCCUUAGGAGGAUAAGUGGUACAGUAUCUGUUACUAACUGCAGACCCUUUUUUUAUACAGCUUCCAAAAGGUACGCAUCAAUGGUCAAGCUUCCUCACACCAGAAGAACUCGUUCUGAUUCUACAGCGAGCUUCAAUCAAUGUUCAAGAGAUGGCUGGAUUUGUGUAUAAUCCCUUGACAGGAAAAUGGUAUUUGUCAGAUGAUGUUAGUGUCAACUACAUCGCUUUUGGUACAAAAAAUGACCAAUGAAGGGUUAUGAAGCGUAUGUUCUUUCCCUCAGAUUAAAAUUGUAGAAAAAAAAAAAACCGACUUUAAGUCAUCUUUUUUCCAUUUUUCCAUUUUUUUUUUCAAAAAUUUGCAAGUCUAUUCAGAAAAAGUUGCAAGUUAUUAUUGAACCCUUGUGCUGUUUUUAUGAUUUA